AUGAAGGGGCUGGCUUACAAGAUUUUCAUGAGUGUCUGUAGUCUCAACAUGACCCCAGGCAGUUCUACCCUGUCCUACGGGCAUCGACUCUAUAGCAGUGGAAUUUUUAGGGCCGAGACAAAUCUAGAAAGUAAGCUGGUGUACGAUUUCAGAGAAUUGUUCACCGUUUACAGCCGCCCGCUCUCCUGGGCCUCGAUCGCCCUCUGGGGCUACAGAAGGUACUUCCGCCCACCCGCUGCUCCCACGACUCGCUAUCGAAUCCAGGCCGGUCGCCCAGGAGCCCAGGCUGACCCGCCUCAAUUCGCGGACCAGAACCUAAGCCGCGGCCCCGAGAAGCCCCGCCCCUCGGGCCCCGCCCCUCAGCCCAACGGUCGCCCCACGGCGCCAGCCCCGCCCCUUCCUGGCCGCCCGCGGCGCGCCCGCGCCUGCGCAGUUGUCCCGCAGCGCCCGGAUCGGGAUGGCGGCCGUUUUGGAGUCGCUGCUGCGAGAGGAGGUGUCGGUCGCAGCCGCCGUGAGGUGGAUCGCGCGCAGCACCCAGAGUUCGGAGGUAACAGCGCCGACACGCCCCCAGGCCGACCCGAGUCCGCUUCCCGCGAGGAUGCCACCCGCCCCGCCGCCUCCCUGAGGGAGAGCGUCGGUGGGGAAAGUGGGCUCCCGAGGAGGGCAGGGGUGGCAUCUGAGAAAAACCCGUGGCCACUCAGCAGGACGAAGCCUUCGCGCAGGAUCAAUCCAACUCCGGUGAGCGAAGAGCGGUCACUCUCCAAGCCCAAGACGUGCUUCACCUCACCCCCCAUCAACUGUGCCCCCAGUCCCCAGCCCUCAGCCCUGGACACUAGCCCUUGGGGCCUUGGCCUUCCCCCAGGGUGCAGAGGUCUGCAGGAGGAGCGGGAGAUGCUGAGGAAGGAGCGCUCUAAGCAGCAGCCACAGUCACCAAUGCCCGCCUACCCCACCCCUGAAUUGGGGUCUCCCCUGCCCAGCCGAACGGGAAGCCUCUCAGCUGAACCCGCAGACCCUGCCAGAGUGUCUUCCCGCCAGCGUCUGAAGCUGAUAGCCCUUGUCUACUCCUCAUGCAUUGCUGAAAAUCUGGUCCCAAACCUCUUCUUGGAGCUUUUCUUCGUCCUUCAGCUCUUAACUGUCCGCAGGAUGGUGGCUGCCAAGGAGAAAGACCCUGAGCCAAGCCCAGGCACCCCCGAGUCCUUGGAGAGCCCGCUGUUCCAGAGUGUCCAUGACUGUGUCUUCUUUGCAGUGCAGGUUCUAGAACGGCAGUUUCAGGUUCUCUGCUACCUGGACAAAGGGACCUUGAAGCUGUUGGCUGAGAAUGAGCGGCUCCUGUGUUUCUCACCAGCUCUGCAAGGCCGCCUGCGAGCUGCCUACGAGGGCAGUGCUGCCAAGGUCUCUGUGGUGAUGCCACCCUCUGCUCAGGCUGUCUCCUUUCAGCCAGAAACUGACAAUCGUGCCAAUUUCUCCAGUGACCGAGCCUUUCACACCUUUAAAAAACAAAGGGAUGUGUUUUACGAGGUGCUUCGGGAGUGGGAAGAUCACCAUGAGGAGCCUGGCUGGGACUUCGAGAAGGGCUUGGGCAGCAGAAUCAGAGCCAUGAUGGGGCAGCUCUCUGCAGCCUGCAGCCACAGUCACUUUGUCCGGCUCUUCCAAAAGCAACUUAUCCAGAUGUGUCAGAGCCCAGGUGGGGCUGGGGGCACAGUCUUGGGCGAGGCUCCAGAUGUGUUAAGUAUGCUAGGAGCUGACAAGUUGGGGCGAUUACGGCGUCUACAGGAAAGACUUGUGGCUCCUCAGAGCAGUGGGGGGCCCUGCCCACCCCCCACCUUCCCAGGUUGCCAAGGUUUCUUCAGGGACUUCAUCUUGAGUGCCAACAGCUUCCAAUUUAAUCAGCAUCUCAUGGAUAGUUUGAGCUUGAAGAUCCGGGAGCUGAACAGCCUUGUCCUGCCUCCUCAUGAGCCGAGUGACGAGGAUGGGGAGUCAGACGUGGACUGGCAGGGUGAGCGGAGGCAGUUUGCUGUGGUGCUGCUCAGCCUGCGGCUUCUGGCUAAAUUCCUGGGCUUUGUGGCUUUCUUGCCCUAUCGGGGCCCUGAACCACCGCCCACCCGGGAACUUCAGGACUCUAUCUUGGCCCUCAGGAACCAGGUCCCUCCGGUCCUGGACGUGCUGACUCUGCUGCAGCAGGGGCUGGGGGCCCGCCGGGCGGUGCUCAUUGUGCCCUGGCUCGUGGAGUUCCUUUCCUUCGCCGACCACAUUGUGCCCCUGCUGGACUACUACCGGAGUGCCUUCAGCCUCCUGCUGCAGCUGCAUCGGAGCUUGGUCCUGUCCAAGCAGAGUGACGGGGAGAUGUGUGCCCUCAACAAGCUGCUACUGCUCGCUGUCCUGGGCUGGCUUUUCCAGAUCCCCACUGUCCCUGAGGACCUGUUCUUUCUGGAGGAGGGUCAGUGGGAUGCCUUUGAAGUGGACACAGGAGCCUCAGAAAAUGGUUUGGAUAGCAUGCCUGUGGUGGACCAGCAGCUGCUCUAUACCUGCUGCCCUUACAUCGGAGAGCUCCGGAAACUGCUUGCUUCCUGGGUAUCGGGGAGCAGCGGGCGGAGUGGGGGCUUCGUGAGGAAAAUCACCCCCACCACCACCACCAGCCUGGGAGCCCAUCUUCCCCAGACUACGCAGGGGCUGCAGGCACAGCUGGCAGAGGCCUUUUUCCACAACCAGCCGCCCUCCCUGCGCAGGACUGUGGAGUUUGUGGCCGAGAGAAUUGGGUCCAACUGUGUCAAACAUAUCAAGGCCACGCUGGUGGCAGACCUGGUGCACCAGGCAGAGGCACUGCUCCAGGAGCGGCUGGGGAUGCAGGGGCAGGAUGGGGGAGAUCCAGCCCAGCUGCUAGAAAUGCUUUGUUCCCAGCUGUGCCCCCAAGGGGCCCAAGCACUGGCCCAAGGACGGGAAUUCUGCCAGAAGAAGAGUCCUGAAGCAGUGCGGGCGCUGCUCCCGGAGGAGACCCCUGCAGCUGUACGGAGCAGCGCAGAGAACAUUGCUGUGGGGCUGGCAACCGAAAAAGCCUGUGCUUGGUUGUCGGCCAACAUCACAGCGUUGAUCAGGAGAGAGGUGAAGUCGGCAGUGAGUCGUACUCUCCGAGCCCAAGGUCCUGAGCCAGCUGCCCGGGGGGAGCGGAGGGGCUGUCCCUGUGCCUGUGAGCACCAUGCUCCCCUCCCCUCCCACCUCAUCUCCGAGAUCAAAGACGUGCUCUCGCUGGCUGUGGGGCCCCGAGACCCUGAAGAGGGAGUGUCCCCGGAGCACCUGGAGCAGCUCCUUGGCCAGCUGGGCCAGACACUACGGUGCCGCCAGUUCCUGUGCCCACCUGCGGAGCAGCAUCUGGCCAAGUGCUCGGUAGAGUUGGCAUCCCUGCUUGUUGCAGACCAGAUUCCCAUCCUUGGGCCCCCCCCACAGCCCAGGCUAGAUCGAGGGCAGGCACGGAGGCUUCUGCGCAUGCUGCUUGCCCUGUGGAAGGACAACUUCCAGGUGCCCGUCCCUCUGCAGCUGCUGCUCAGGCCAAGAAAUGUGGGGCUCUUGGCUGCCAACCGGCCCAGAGAGUGGGACCUGCUGCUCUUCUUGCUCCAGCAGCUGAUCGAAACGGGUCUGAUGGGCCGGAUGGAGGUCGACGCCUGCCUGGGCAGCCUCCAUGAGGCCCAGGGGCCUGGGGACUUUGCUAAAGAGUUAGCAACCUUGUUCAACCUGUUUCUAGUUGAGCCUCAUGUGUCAGAACCACAGCUAAGGACUUGUGAGCUGGUGCAACCGAACCGGGGGACGGUGCUGGCUCAGAGCUAGGAUGAAGGUGGCCCAGCUAUGGGCUGGGAGCCAGGAAGCCUGCCUGACCGUGCCUCAGGAAGAGUGCAGCACCACUCCAACCCUUGCUGGGAGCCGGGUAGUGGGUGGACAGACCAUCUGAUGGGACCAGAGUGCCUACUUAGAUGUGAAGGACGGACGGAUAUUCGGCUGCUAACACCCACCAGCGCCUGCGACCCUUCCAGCCGGAUACCUGGAGAAGAGGGCUGGGGCGUUUAUCAUUUGGAAUGUGAAAAGAAAUGAUAGGUGUGGGCUUGGUAGCCCAGGAGCCUUCAAGCCCCACUUGCUGCUACCCCAAGCAUAUUCUCCUUAAAACUGUGUUUUGGGGAAAUCAUGACAGAAGCAAAAAACUUCCUGUGAGGAAGGUUGAAGCAUGAACUUUGAGUCCACAUUUCUUAGCGCCAGGAGCCAUCUCCUUAAAAUGGCGCAACAGAGAAAGAGAGGACUCACCUGCACUCACAGGUUAUUUUGAGUUUUUCAGAAUAAACCCUUUUCUUUA